GCCACAUCUCAGAAAAUAAAUACCACAUCAUCUGUAAGCAAUUGCUUCACUUGUUAUCUUCUCUACUUCCUACAACUCCCUUAAUGUUUCUCAGCGUGUCUCGGUACGUUCCUCCAAAAUCAUGGAAUCUCUGUUCCAACUCUUGCACCUCAUAACAUCACGCCUGCCAUCAAGAUUGCCAGCUUCUCCUCCUAAAACUGACGACCUGGAAUCGCAAUCAUCGCAACCCCAACCUUCUUCUUCUAAUACCACCUCAGAAUCACAAUCACCUAUAGUACGGCGGCUGCGUCUUACCAUCAACAAACCACAACGAAACAAUGUUCUUGACGCGAAGCCGGACUUGGAAACGGAAUUAAGGAAGACACUCCUGAGUUUGUGCUUCACAGCAGCAAUUCAAAUCACGAUUCAGUACGGCCAGGUUGCUGAAUCUGAAGACCACUACCCCAUCAUUUUGAUCUCCUUCGCUAUUGUAGCUAUCUUUGCUUCUCUAUUCGUCUCACCGUUUAUUGGAAAAAAGAUUCCGACUGCAUCCAAGGUGCUGGACAAAGUUGCGUUCUUCCUAGCGGCCACAACGUUUUUCUUCGCCAUAGCAACUCCAUUCCCUCUUGGCAUCAAAUGUGCUAUAUGGACAGUCUACAUCAUGUCGUUGAUCACUAUUGCCUUCUGCACUUGCCUCCAGGUACCGUGGUUCUGAAAUGCAAAAUUUGACAGUUAAUUGUGCCAUACCUUCCACGAUCCUAGGCUGUAUUAAAUAUAAAUAAAACCACAACCAUGUAAAUAAACAAUUCAGCUCGAUUAUAUUUUAGUAUUUUUGCUUUAAACUCUCCAGGUCUCUCUGUCUAGGCAUUUUAAUUUUUUUGUAUAUGAUAGCUUGUUAUUUCUUCGUCAAGAUUUUAGACGUUGACAAUACUUUUUUCUUCUUUUUUUUCUGGUGAAUAUAAUUAAGAUGGCGCAUGCAUGCAUAAUACAUGAAAGAUCGAGUGAGUUUAUUUAUUUUAUCUAAUUAUAACACUUUCUAGGAAGAGUACUAAUAUUAAUAUUCUACUAAUAAAACACCCUAAUUAAAAAGUGGCUGGAUAGUUCAUGCAUUUAUGCUUAUUACGAAGAAUUGAUAACAGAAGUAUGGCACUUUCUUUUCAAAUGAACAAAAAUAAAAGGAUCUUUUUGUAAAGACCCAUUGAUUUCUAAACAAUAGCUUCAUCUCCGAGCAGCAUAUUAUGGUUCCAAAAAUUAGUAGCAAGGGAGAGGAACUUAUUUACAUGCUGGACACCAAUUUAAAGACAUUGCAGAAGCUAUAAAUUAAUAUAUUUAAUUAUUUAUGAACAACAUUGCACCUUCCAUUUCAUAGAUUUGUCAAUCAUUGGGUUUUGCCAGCGUUACUUAAUUCUUCCAAGAAGAUUAAUUAAUCCAAAUCAGAGGAACAGGCCCAACAUAAAAUUAACCAACAGCCCUAUGUAGGCCUACUCCAUCAGAUUGCCCAAUCAAAUCCAUUCUUAGCCCAUAAAUAUACCCCAUCAAAGCUUGAAGGCCCGUAUCAAUAUUUUGUGAUAUUGAAAUGGCUACGGGGUUUCGAACUGGAAGUUUGAAAAGAGUUUAAUUGUUUUUUUUGCUUUAAGUUGAUUUCUUUUUUAUUUCUAAAUCAUUUUUAUAUGAUAUUAUUAAAGACAAAUUAAAAAUAUUAUUUUAAUAUAUUUUUAAUAAAAAACAUUUUUAAAAGUAACCUUUCCCGAACACCCUCUGAUAUAACAUAUUACAUAUGAACAGCAAAUUGGAGCUAUUUUUGCUUCUCUAUUCAUUUCAUAGUUUAUUGGAAAAAAGAAAGCGUUUGAGAAAGUUGCGUUCUUCCUAGCGGCCACAACGUUUUCCUUCACCAUAGCAACUCCAUUCGCUCUUAGCAUAAAAUAUGCUAUAUGACCAGUCUAUAUCAUGUCGUUGAUCAGUAUUGCCAUCUACAAUUGCCUCUCGGUGGUUGUAUUUGGCAUUCUGAAAUGCAAUAUUCCUCAUGUUGAAAUUUAGUGUGAUCAGAGCGAAACUGUCAUAACUUCCACGGUCCUAAUUAAAUUGUAUUAAAUAUCAAUAAAAGCAGAACAUAUGUAUAUUAGAAAAGUACUUCCGAAUAGAAAUCUUGAUUUAUUAGCGAGAAAGUGUUAGUAUGGCAUACCAAAGGAGCCACAAGGGAGCUCUGUCAAACACAAUUGAAGGAGGUAAGAAAUCGAAGAAGAAAUUAAAUAAAACUGGAAAAGGAACUUCAGAAGCAAAUGUUUCACCAGCAGAGCAAAGAAGAAACAAUCUCAACAGCAUAUUCACCAGCAAGCAAAUGUUUCAGAAGAAGAAAAAGAGGACACUUAGCACUUGUUUAUGGCAUCACAAGUUAUUAGUUCUCAUGAACAGAAUAUUUGGCUCAUUGACAGUGACUGCACUAGUCACAUGACCAAACAUCUCGCAAUUUUUUCUUCCAUUGAUAAAUCAAUUCAACCAAAAGUCAAGCUGGGAAAUGGUGAUGUUGUGCAGGCUAAAGGAAGAGGAACGAUUGUUGUCAGCACCAAAAGAGGUACAAAGAUUAUCAAUAAUGUUCUUUACAUUCCUGAACUAGAUCAAAAUCUGCUUAGUGUUGCACAAAUGCUAAGGAAUGGUUAUGCAGUCUCCUUUAAAGAAAUGUUUUGUUUUAUCACUGAUACACAUGGAUUAGAGAUAGCAAAACUCAAAAUGGAUAGUAAUAGCUUCUAUUUGAAGCUUGAUGCAGUUGAAGGGCAUGUUUUUUAUGCUAAGGUUGAUGAGAGUAUUAUGUGGCACAAAAGAUAUGGUCAUGUAGCAAGUGUAUGCAUAUCUGGGUGCGGGUGGCGUCAGAGAGCAGAAAGAUCUGUAAUGAGGCGGAAAAGGGCAGGGCCAUUGUGACCCUACUGCCGCACUAGAGUGGAAGAGGAAUCAACCGCCAGGGUUAUUUGACUCAAUCAAAGGAAAAUCCAAGGAGAUGGGUCAAGGAAGAAAUCAUGGUAUGCAUACCAUGAUUUUGAAUUGACACUAAUAUGGUGAGGGUUUAAGGGAUUGACACACGCAGAGCCGCAAAGGAAAUAUAAAGAAACCCCAUGGUAUGCAUGCAUUGACUCAAUCAAAGGAAAAUCCAAGGAGAUGGGUCAAGGGAUGAGAGAGUUCAUGUCAAAUAACAAUGAGGCGGAAAAGGGCAGGGCCAUUCUGACCCUACUGCCGCACUAGAGUGGAAGAGGAAUCAACCGCCAGGGUUAUUUGACAUGAGAAACUAGAGUGAGAAACUAGAAGUGAGAACAUAACCCUGUUUUUUUCCCUUGAAGGAGGAGAGUGCGAAAACUAAGUGUGAAAGUGCACUCACACUUUCCCUCUUUUUUUUGACAACAAUGUUUUUUUCCCUCUUUUUUGCACACCUCCUUGGUUUUCGCACUCUCCUCCUUGGUUUUCCUUGAAGGGAAAAAGACAGGAAAAAUCACUUUCACACUUAAUUGCUCCUCACUUUUAUGGUCCUCUACUCCCCUACUCCCGCACUAUAUAUAGCCAGGGAGAUCCACAUCCUAAUUGCUCCUCCGUCAUUAAUUUCUGAUAUUCUUUUUCUUUGUUUUCUUCUUGUUGAUGCUCAGGAAAGAUCAAGAUUGGUGGAAUCAAGAUGAAGACCAUGGAAUUUCUGCUCCAACUCUGGCACCUCAUAACAUCACUGCUUUCAUCAAUACUGCCAGCUUCUCCUCCUAAUAUUGACGACCUGGAAUCGCAAUCAUCGCAACCCCUUCCUUCUUCUUCUAAUACCACCUCAGAAUCACAAUCACCACCAGGAGGGCGGCUGCCUCUUACCAUCAACGAAUCACAGCGAAACAAUGUUCUUGACGCGAAGCCGGACUUGGAAACGGAAUUAAGGAAGACACUCCUGAAUUUGUGCUUCACAGCAGCAAUUCAAAUCACGAUUCAGUACGAGCAGGUUGCUGAAUCUGAAGCCCACUACCCCAUCAUUUUGAUCUCCUUGGCUGUUGCAGCUAUCUUUGCUUCUCUAUUCGUCUCACCGUUUAUUGGAAAAAAGAUUCCGACUGCAUCCAAGGUGCUGGAGAAAGUUGCGUUCUUCCUAGCGGCCACAACGUUUUUCUUCGCCAUAGCAACUCCAUUCCCUCUUGGCAUCAGAUGUGCUAUAUGGGCAGUCUACAUCAUGUCGUUGAUCACAAUUGCCAUCUGCACUUGCCUCUAGGUGGUUCUGAAAUGCAAAAUUUGACAGUUAACUGUCAUAACUUCCACGGUCCUAGGCUGUAUUGAAUUUAAAUAUAACCACAACUCUGUCAACAAUCAAUUCAGUUAUAGAUUAUUUUUUAGUGCAUUUCUUUUUAAUUUUUGCUUUAAACUCUCCAAGUCUCUCUGUUUAGGCAUUUUUAUUUUUUGUAUCUGAUAGCUUGUUAUUUCUUC